AACGGGAGAAUCGGCCAAUCAGCAUCCAGUAUUCCAGUAAACACUAAAAUUCGAUCCGUCUUGUUCAUCGUACUCUGUGACAUUUCGAAAAUUCGCAGUUAAUUGAUUUAAUUUGAUCUAUUUCCCGAUCUACACAGAGUUGAAUCUAGCUUUUUAACCUAGCCGCAAUGCUUUCGACGGCUCGCAUGUUGUGCCGCGGGUUGAGCAGGCCCGUCAGCCUGAACGCCUCAAAACUCACCGUCGUCCACUUUGUGGCACCAACGAGGGCCAUGGCGCAAGAAGCCAAAACAAACUUGGCCUCCAGGUUGACCAGGCGAGGACCAUCUUUGAAGGAGAGAGCCAUGGGACCGGCCACCGACUCUGCAUUCAAUAUGGGCCGAAUUGCUGUGGCUGGAGGCAGCGUUUUGGGUGUCGGAGCCCUCUGCUUUUACGGACUUGGAUUGUCCAAUGAGCCAGGAGCCAUUGAUAGAGCAGCGUAUUGGCCGGAAUAUGUGAAACAGAGAGUGCACCACACAUACAUGUAUUUCGCUGGUAGCACAGCCAUCGCAGUUGCUUCAGCAGCAGCGGUCAUGAGAUCUCCCAGAGCUAUGUCUCUUGUGGCUAGAGGAACCAUUCCCGCCAUGCUUUGCUCUGUUGCUGCCAUGAUCGGAACUCAAAUUCUUGUGCGAUCAAUCCCUUAUGAGCCUGGCGUCAACAUGAAACACUUGGCCUGGGCGCUUCAUGCAGGAGUGCUCGGAGCUGUUUUUGCUCCCUUGUCCUUCCUUGGUGGAGCCAUCUUGACCAGAGCCGCAUGGUAUACUGCUGGUGUUGUUGGAGGAUUGUCCACCGUGGCCAUGUGUGCCCCGAGUGACAAGUUUUUGUACAUGGGUGGCCCCUUGGCUGCUGGCCUUGGUGUGGUCUUUGCUGCGUCUGUCGGCACCUGGUUCCUACCUCCCUCAACUGCUCUCGGCGCUGGUCUUUAUUCCAUCAGUGUCUAUGGAGGUCUUCUGCUGAUUUCCGCAUUCCUUCUCUACGACACUCAGAAAAUUGUUCGCAGAGCCGAAACCCACCCUGCUUAUUCUCCUGUUCCAUUUGAUCCUAUUAACCAGUCAAUCCACAUUUUUAUUGAUACUGCCAACAUCUUUGUGAGGAUUGCCAUGAUGCUUGCUGGAAACCCAAACCGAAGAAAAUAAUUUGACUGAACGAAAGAGGUACUUCUGCAAGACAAAAAUUCUGCUUGUAUAUAUUUCAGUUAAGCUUUUCUUCAGCGACUCUCCAAUAACAUUUAAUAUAAGUUCCAUGUGAUGAUGAUUUAACAAUAGAAAUAAAGUUUGGAAUCAAAGACUAAAUGAGAAUGGUUGAAAACACCAAAUAA